AUGUCUUCUACUUCUGCUUCCACCUCCACCUCUUCGGCCCCGACCAAGAUCAUCAUCCCCGACCUCGUCUCGCACUGCACGUUCGACCUGCGCAUCAGCCGGAACCACAAGCUCGCGCAGAAGGAGUGCAAGCAGUGGCUCUUCUCGGGCGACCAGCUCUCCGACGCGAAGCGGCGCGCAUUCCACGGUCUCAAGGCGGGCAAGCUCACGGCCAUGUGCUACCCCGAGGCGGGCUACCCGCAGCUGCGCGUCUGCUGCGACUUCAUGAACUACCUGUUCCAUCUUGACAACCUCUCGGACGACAUGGACAUCCGCGGCACGCAGCAGGUCAGCGACGUGGUCAUCAACUCGCUGUACCACCCGUACACGUUCUAUGCGCCCGCAAGGCUGAACAGGAUGACGAAGGACUUCUACCGCCGGAUGCUCGAGACCGCCGCGCCGGGCGCAUGCCAGCGCUUUGUCGAGACGUUCGACUUCUUCUUCCAGGCCGUGCACCAGCAGGCGUCCGACCGCGAGGCGGGUGCCAUCCCCGACCUGGAGUCGUACAUCGCGCUCCGGCGCGACACGUCGGGCUGCAAGCCGUGCUGGGCGCUCAUCGAGUACGCGUACAACCUCGAUCUGCCGGCGGAGGUCAUGGACCACCCGGUCGUGCGCGCGCUCGGCGAGGCGGCGAACGACCUCGUUACGUGGUCGAACGACAUCUUCUCGUACAACGUGGAACAGUCCAAGGGCGACACGCACAACAUGAUACCCGUCGUGAUGCACUCGCACGGCCUCGCGCUGCAGGACGCCGUCGACUUCGUCGGGCAGAUGUGCAAGGCCUCGAUCGACCGCUUCGUCGCCGACCGCGCGCGCCUGCCGUCGUGGGGCCCGCACGUCGACGCGCAGAUGCAGGUGUACGUGCAGGGCCUCGCGGACUGGAUCGUCGGCAGCCUGCACUGGUCGUUCGAGAGCGAGCGCUACUUCGGCAAGACGGGCCUGCAGGUGAAGAAGGAGCGCGUGGUCACGCUGCUGCCCAAGCGCGUCUGA